ACAUUACUGACAAUGAGUCCGAAGAGCAAAAGGAAGAUGUAACCUAUCAAUACGGCGACAUUGAAAGGAUAAUCAACUUCGAUUCAGUUACUGAAACCACAUUACCGAAAAUUUAAAAACUGUAUCGAUUGAUGACGAUAAGAGAAAGUACAAAAAGCACACUCCCGAGCAAGUGUGUAUGUUCAUACAGAUAAUGUAAGACGAAGGCACCACUGUAUCUAAAACAGUAGUAAGUUGCAAUAUUCCAAGACAAAGUGCUUACACCCUGCUCAAGGAGUUCAACGCUAACAACGACAGUGUAUUGCCUGGUUUUGCUCCGAAAGCGAAAAUAGAAGUAUAAAGCAGAAGCUUUUUUCGACCCAGUACCUUGAUAGCAACAAGUCUUCAACACUUGGAUUAACUAAAGAAGCUCUUUUAAAACAAUUUCCAGACUUGGAUAAUAUUUUUAUUCCCCUCUGUGGAAGCAUGUAACAAUUGAGUAUGCUUUUUUCCUUGAAAAGGGCAUCUUUAUACAAUGACGAAAGGGAUGUUGAAAGGACACUUCGUCUUCGUUAUGAGGCGGUAAAUAAAUGGAAGGAAAUAGGCGUCGACUUUCGAAAGAAUUGCGUAUUUGUGGAUGAAGCUGGUUUUAAUACGUACAUGAUAAGAGGUCGAGUGUGGUCUAAGUAGAAGAAUCAGCA